CACAUUUCAGUUGAAGGCAUCAGUUGUACAACUGACGAGGUAUCCCCUGGAACUGGAACUCAACACGCAGCACACAGUUGUUUGUAAUAAGGGCCCACCAUGUCUAUUUCUUAUCUGUUUGGUUUAUUAUUGACAAUCCUGUUAAUUCAAGGCUGUUGGGGUGGAGAAGAAACCAAGAAUGUUAGUUGUGCAAGCCUCCGAACUGGAAAUGCUUACAAAUACUGUGUAAAGGACAAGGAAAAACCUAAAUGUGUGGAGUGGCAAUCAGUGGAUUCCAAUAAGACGUCUAUGUGGCUUGCUGAACUUUGCCAACACAAAAACACUACACAUGCACCCAAUGUGAUUGAUGUCAGCUACUCCUGUAUCAGCCUCCUGGAGUGUGUCAACGUAGACCACACUGCCAUAAGCAAUGUGACUGAGCAUUUGACCCAUUUCGUUGUGUUUGGUGCAUCAGAUGGAGACAAUCCGGAUUCAAACCGUGGUGACACUGAUUUGAUCUGGAAAAUCAUUGUUGGUAUUGUUGUUGCUGUAGUGCCAGUCAUUGCUGUUCUGCUCUGUGUGUUUAAACCUUGGAGAGACAAACAGUGCCACCAAGGCCACAGAGAUGUGGAAGAGGGUCAGGGCAAUCCAGAACCAAACCCCUUUCCUCUGAUGCAGAAUGAGCAACGUGAUUCCAGAGACAUCAGAAAGCCUGAUGACGGUGAGACUGUUGAGGCUGUGGUUGUUCCCAGUGACCAAGGAGGUGAGCCAGGAGAGGAGAACAGGCAGCCCAUGGACAAUGAAGAGACAGGCACUGACACCCCUCUGCUGAAUGGAGAUGCCAGCGACCAAGGAGAGGAAGGCGUUCUAGGAAUGGAGGAUGGAAAACCGUCAGACAAUGACAGAGCAGACACUGAAACCUGUCAGAAGACACAUGCUGAUUCCCCUCCACUGAAUGUACCCAAGGUUGUCAGGGUUAACAGCCAGACUGAUGACCCACAGCUUCUGGGUCAACCUCAGAGCAAUGGACGCGUGCCCUAUAGAAGCGAAUCACACCUGACUGAUGGGGCUCCAGGUCAGGGUGCUGGUGAGACUUCACCCCUCCUCUGCAGAAGCCCAGGAGAGGAAGGCGUUCUAGAAGUGCAGGACAGGAAGUCAGCAGACAGUGGGGGAACAGACCCUGAAUCCUGUCAGAAGACACAUGCUGAACCCCCUCUAGUGAAUGGACACCCUGAUGUCAGGGUUAACAAUGAGACUAAGGAAGUGACUCCUGGUGCACAGAGUCCAGGACCUCCUCAGAUGAAUGGAGGACCUCCCAUGUCUAACAGAGCUGCAGAGGAGACCACUGCUCUAUUGGACCAACAGGCCUUUGACAAGGACCAAGUCACCAAACCUCCUGAGUUAAUAGACAAAGGACAUAAUGACAUGGAGUCAAGAAGAGGAGAACUGUAACAAGCGGUGGACGUUUGUAUAACAAAAGAAAAUCUAAUAAGAUAUUAUAAGAUACAGGUAUCCUCAAGAGGCUAGAGUAUCCGGCAACAGUGUCUAGUCCGGAACCGAGGGAGACUGCCUGCGACCCGGAACCGAGGGACACUGCCUGCGACCCGGAACCGAGGGAGACUGCCUGCGACCCGGAACCAAAGGGGUCUGCACUUUGUCCGACAGCGAUUUCAACAUAUCUUCUGACGACGAGGAAUGUGACACUUUCAUCAUUAAAAUAUUCCUUUCCA